AAAAAACAAAAACAUGUUUUUCAAUAAAAAAACAAACUGAAAACCUGGGAAAAGAUGGCUAGUGAAAAUGAAGAAGCAGGGGAAUUGUCGUUGAACUUGCUUCCAGAAGGAUGCAUAGCGAAUGUGCUGUCCUUUACGAGUCCUCUGGCGGCAUGCAGGCUGUCUAUUGUCUCUCCAUUGUUCAGGUCGGCCGCAGAAACUGGUGCCUUUUGGGAGAGAUUCCUGCCCCGUGAUCUCCUCUCCGAAUCUGAUAGUCCUCUGCUGGUUUCUUCCAAGAAACAACUCUAUCUCAGCCUCUGUGGCAAUCCUAUCCUCAUUGAGGAUGGUAAAAAGAGCUUUUCGUUGGAGAAAAAGAGUGGGAAGAAAUUAUAUACGCUCUCAGCAAGGGAUCUCGGAAUUGCAUGGGGUGAUGCUCCUGAAUAUUGGGGAUGGACUUCUGAUCCUGGAUCAAGGUUUUCCGAAGUGGCUCACCUUCUUUGUGUAUGCUGGCUUGAAAUCAGUAGCAAAAUCAAUACAAGCAUGCCAGCUAUCACCAGCAACAUUGUACACAGCACACCUUGUCUUCAAGCUCUCCGUAGAAGCGCUUGGUAACCAGCCAAUACAGGUCACAAUGGGAAUCAUUGGUGGUGAAGAGCAUACACGAACUUUUCGUUGGCAUGCAGAAAGACAGUCGUGGUGGCAAUACCGAAGUCCAAGAAGGCCUAUAAUUGGUUCAUCUGCUGCUGAAAGUAAUGGGAAUUAUCCAAAGGAAAGAGGAGAUGGAUGGUCGGAGAUUGAAAUGGGUGAAAUUCUUAGCAAGGAAGGGGAAGAAGAAGAGCUGGAAACGUGGGUUGAUUGUCGAUGGGAUUGAGAUCAGACCAAAAGAGGGUAGCUAGACGAGCCACAGUUUUCACAUUUUAGUGAUCAUGUCCGCAUUGUAGUGUUCAAAUCAGUAACAAUGUUUUGGCUUUUCCUGCUCUAAUUUCGUAGCUUAAUUUGCUGGACA